AUGUGCUUUCGGGUGACGGCCGGGAAGUUCCUCGAGUUUCUUGUACAUAGGUAUGGUGUCGAGGCAGAUGAAGACAAGGUCAAGUCUAUCAAAGCAAUGCCUCACCCACAUUCUCAAAAGGAGUUAAAGAAGUUCCUCAUGAAGGUGUCUUAUAUUCGGAGGUUUAUCCUAACACUUGCAGAGAUCUCUGCCCCUUUCGGUUCAUUGUUGAAAGGAGAUGCCAAGUUUGAGUGGAACCAAGAGCACCAAAAGGCCUUCGAGAGAAUCAAGGCGGCCUUGACCUCGCUUCAGACCAUGAUAGCCCCGCAGCCCGGGGUACCUCUAAUGUUGUACUUAACUUCAACCCCCAAGUCCAUAAGGGCAUUAUUAGUCCAAGAUGUAGAUGGAGUAGAACGCCCGGUGUAUUACAUCAGCCGGAAGAUUCGAGGAGCAGAAGUCCGAUAUACUCCAGUAGAGAGACAUUGUUUAGCUUUGGUAUUCACUGCCCAAAAGCUCAGACAUUACUUCUUAGCACAUCAGAUUCAGAUUGUUACUAGAAGUGAUCCAAUCCGAUACCUCCUCAACAAGCCUGCUCUAACCGGGAAGGUGGCAAGAUGGUUGUUAGCACUGGGUGAAUUCGAAAUCACAUGUGUAGCUCCCAAGGCAAUCAAAAGCCAAGCCUUAGCCGAUCUCCUUGCCCAAUUUCCAAGUGGUGACUAUGAACCAGUGAAUGAAGAAUUAAGAGGAGAAGUGCAUGCAGCUAUGGCUUCCGAGGAAAGUUUCUGGACAUUGAGCUUUGACGGAGCAGCAGCCGGAGGGAAAGGAGGAACCGGGAUAGUCCUUACAAGCAAAAGUGGAGAAAAGUUAUAUUUGUCUUAUAAACUAGAUUUCCAUUGUUCGAAUAAUGAAGCCGAGUAUGAGGCUCUUAUUUUGGGCUUGAUAGUAGCUGAGAAGCACAAUAUCAAAAUGAUUCGGAUUCGGAGGGACUCAAAGUUGAUAGUGAAGCAAGUUUCAGGACAGUUCGUCUUAAAGGAGCCUACCUUGGCCACAUAUCGAACAACAGUCCAAAGGCUUCUUAACAAAUUUCAGAAGGUCGAAAUAGAGCAUGUGCCUCACUCCGACAACAAGUUUUCAGAUGCCCUUGCAACAUUAGAGGCAAGAGUUGACAUUCCAGAGGAAGAGGCGACAAUUAUUAUCAAGAAGAGAAUAGAACCUUCAAUAAUACCCAAAGACAAAGACCUUCCGGCAAGAGUUGACAUUCCAGAGGAAGAGGCGACAAUUAUUAUCAAGAAGAGAACAGAACCUUCAAUAAUACCCGAAGACAAAGACCUUCCGAAGGACUGGAGAGGAGAAGUCCUCGAACAACUCAGAAGCAAAGUUGGAAAACUGACUAUGGCCAAGCUUGCCCAAUUCAUAAUUAUUCAAGCUGAACUUUACUUCCGAGGGGGUACCGGAUUCCUAGCCCGAUGUGUUGGCCAACAAGAAGCAAGCUUCUGA